UAGGCACCAGCUCGGCGACAUGUCACUACCAGUGGCAGCUUCAUCCCGUUACCGAAAAUGUUGUAUGUUUUGCGCAGGUUUCUCUUCCAUUUAUUCGUCUCUUUAACGUGACCCGUUUCCACUGAAGAAGUAAAUGCAAGUCCAACGCGAAACACUGCUUGUUAUUGUGCCUCCCUUCGUCAGGCUCUGUGUGUUCUGUGUGACAACAUGUUCAACCCCAGUGAACUAGAAGGUGAAGUGGAUCACUCGUUUUUUGAUAGUGAUUGCGAUGAAGGUACAGGAGAUGGAGGCAAAAGAAUGGAAAAGGGCUCAAAGGCUGAAAAGGAAAGCACGCAUACAAAACGAAUCGAACGAAAUGCAAAAGACGAUAUAUCCCCAAAGACUAAUAAGACAAGAAUAAAUCUGAAGCGAGUGGAAAAUGACAGUAGCAACAGAAUUGAAAAUAAAGAGAGGAGCAGGCUUCCCAGUGUUUCAUCUGUUUCCUGUGUAUCAGAUGAAGUUGUCCGGGGUCACGCUGAUGGUGAUGGUGGCUCUAAUUUGCACAAAAGGGCCAAUGGAUCUUUUAUGGCUUUGUUGGCAGAUGCCAGAGAGGCUAACGAUAUCUACACCGAGAGCGGAAGUGAGACAGAAGAAGAAGCAUUAUCAUUCAAUGUGAGCAAAAAAAGUAAAAAUAAACCGCCGCCUAAGAAACUGCUAAGAAGUCGGCAAACUCGAAGUCCAUCUCCAACAUCCACUGAUACCAGUGCAGACGCAGACUCUGAGAGCUCCUACACUGGCAGCAGUCGGAGGAGCAGCUCGGAGUCCCCCACCCUCCCCAGACCCAACAGGUCUUCCUCGUGUUCUGGAGUAAGAAGGAGGGGCUCAGAGGGAUCUCAGGAUUUGCUUAACACCUGUACAGAUGAGUCAGAAGAUACAGUGACGGAUGUAAGCCCCCUCUCCUCUUCUGAUACGAGCCCCCUCCAGUCGUUGGACCUGAAACACACAGAGGUUGAAACAGAGGUUGAAGAGAGAAGCCGUAAAGAGCAGCAGCAGCAGCAGCAGCAUCCGCAGCAGGAAGAGGAGAGUGUGCCCUCCAGUGGCCUUAGCCACAUGCACCACGCACCAGAGGACUCGGAUCAGGACGUGGACGAUUGCUCUCUCAGUUUAGAAAGUCAGCUUGGAAGUAAGCUGGUCAUCCACCAUCCCGGAGGGAGAAACAGGAAGAACUACUCGUUCACCAAUGAUGAGGUGCGGCGCAUAGAUCGAGAGAAUCAGCGACUUCUUCGGGAGCUGUCGCGUGUUUCUCCAGGACCCAGACCACGAAGUGCUGUGGGGAUGAAAACCCACGUGGCCAGUAACUCGUCUCUGAUCCGCCUCUCACACAGUGCGCUUAACAGGCAGCGUGAACAGCAGCGCAUCGAGAGGGACAACAUGGCUUUUUUGAAGAGACUGGAGUCAGUCAAGCCUACACCUGGCAUGAAGCGCACAGAACAACUUGCAGACUACCAGCGCCACGUCAGGUACCAGGGAGCGCCUUUGUAUCCCAUCAGUAUGUCCACCACAGGAAAAGAAAGGUCCAGCACCAGGACACCUUCAGCAUGUCCUAGACCAACCCGCUCCAGAACGGCUUUCGUCGGCACUGACUCCAGCAGCGCUCCUGUAACCAGGUCGAAAAAACUGAGUGCACCCCGACCAGCCUGGAGCUGAGAACAGUAAAGUUUACCAACAUCUAGUCUACACAGAAGCACAUGGCUGUCUCCUUAAGUAAUGUCUAUUGUUAACUAUUCAUCGGUAUGGAAGGUUUGACUCUUAGUGGAGCUUUAUACAUGACGUACAUUCAGUCCACUUCUGACUUUAUCAAGCUUAUAACAUGCUAAAGACAAUGCUGCUCCUUGAUGCUGAAAAUUACAACCAACACUCUGAUCGCGAAGCUAAUGCUAGUCCCUUGAGUAGUUCAGCUGUGGCUUCUGAAUAUGGCAGUUUAGUUGAAACGCUGCUUACACAACAACGGCUCUGUGGACGUGAUAAAAAUAACACUUAAUUGUUUACUAUUUGAGAGAGUAAAGUUUCCAUUAAAUGUGAAACUUUUUUGUUGUUUUUGUUUUCCUGACAUUUGUAUGAGUCCUGAUGCUCCAGAUAAUUAUAUUUUCAAAUAAUUAAACAGUUAUUUAAAAUCUUCA